AGAGGCACUUAGUCCUCCAAUAAUAUGGAUUAUAUUGACUUUGAUUCGCCCAAUGUUGGGGUCAGUGAUACUCUCAUUAGUCCAUGGGACCUGAUUCUCCACGGACUUUCCGAGGAACUGGACACCGAUCAGAGCCUUUUACAAGAAGUAUGCCAACGUGCAGUCCAGGACCUGGGGCCAGCAUUUGCUGGAAUUCAGAAUGCUGACGAUUUCUUCGCUGCUCUUGAAAACAAUCUGAGUAACGACAAAGGUUUAAUUCUUGACUAUUUGAUAGCUUUAGUAGAUAUUGUUAAUUUAUACAGACGUCAGGGGACUGAACCAUUCAAAGAUGUUUUACUGCAAUAUAAAAACCAGUUAACAAAAUACAGAGAAGAUUGUGCACGGGUCUCCAAAUCUAAGGUUGAGGAAUUCAUAGGAAGAGAAGCAGACCUUAAAAAUAUAGAGGAAAAUCUGAGAGGAAAAAAAUAUCAAGGCGUUGCAAUCUGUGGAAUGGGUGGGAUUGGAAAAACAAGUCUGGCUACAGAGGUCUGCUACAGACUGCAGCAUGCAAGAGAGAAAUGGCAUGUUGAGACCAUAGACAUGAGAGAGAAGGAAGAUUUGGUAGACUUACUGCGAGAUCUGGUUACUGCAGUAGGGCAGGAAUGUAACAGUGCAGAAGUUGUAGACCUGUACUCAGAAUUAAUCACAGGACUGAGAGGAUUGAAAGCCAGGACAAUUUUCUUCAUGGAUAACCUGGAUGAUAUGAUGAAAAGCAGUGAAAGAAAGGAGCAGUUGCUGAAAUUUUUGGAAAAAUUCAGUCUUGAUACAAAAGUACUAGAUACCAAGGUUCGAAUAUUGCUGACUGUGCGACAAAAAUUGGUUACUGAGGAGAAACUGAAUGUGUCAACAUUUAUCAGAAAGAUAUCCAGAAGUGCUGAAAGACUUGGUCAGUUGUUUGAAGUAGAACUACAAAGACUGAAUCAACAGGAAGGUGUUUUACUGUUCAAAGCUUGUUGUAGAAGACCAUUUACAGCUCCCCCUGAAAACGAGGUCUGUCGGAAGAUUGUAGAUUUAUGUGGAGGAAGUCCACUGGCCAUCAAAUCUGUUGGGGCAGCUGUCAGAAGUGGGAAGGUUAAUCCUGAAAUGUUGGCCCAAAAGCUCGAAAAAGAUUUCCCAGGUCUGAAAAUGGAAAGUAAAUGUCUCACUCAAACAUUUGAAACCUUAGACAAACUGAAAAAAGAUAUCAUGGUAAAGUUACAUGUGUUUGGGACAGCUAAGUUUGACUUGGCCUGUGCAGCUUUUGUGUUAGGUGAGGACACUUUGAAGUAUGAAAACCCAAUUACUGCAAUCACCAAUGCAAAUUUGAUAUAUCUGAAGAGCCGCCAUUUUGUAGAGGUUGAUGACUUGACCAAAAUGGAGAAUGAAGAUAUUCAAACAGAAUCAAAGAGUGUAAAAUUUUCUCUACAUCCAUUAGUCCAUGAAUUUCUCUCUCAAAUUGCAAAUAAUGAAAUGUUUAAACAAGCAGAUAAUGAGGCAAAAUGUUUGUUCAUUGAGUAUGUAGAGAAGAAAAACAGUGACAUUUUUGAGAAAUUUGAGAAAAACUGUGUGAAGGCAUGGAAAGAUUUGAAAGACUUCAAGGUUCAUUUGAAAACAUACUAUGACUUGAUCCAAAACAUAACCCCUGAUUUUCUUAAAUUAAGGAAGAGUUCAAGAUCAAUAUUGACUUGUAAAAGAAUAUCAGAAGUGGCAGAUCUAUUUCUUGAAGAUUACGUUAAGUUUAAGCUGCUUGAAAAAUUCAUUGAGCAGUCAAAGUCAAGGGGUGAUUUCUUGGAAACUGCGUUAUGGCAGGUACAUCUGGGAAGAAAAUUUUUUGAAAGUGACAGAAAUGAAAUAGCUGAAAAUAUUCUCAACUGUAUUCUAACAGAAACAUUACCCAGUUUUCCCCUGGAAUAUGGAAGUCUUGGUCCAUUUGUUGAAGUAGCAGGUGCAACUUUUUAUUUUGCUGGAAAGCUAUGUCUCAAAGACAGAAAAUAUUCCGAGGCACUAGUCUACUUCGAAAAUGCUAAGCAACUUUGGGCUAACAAACUAGAGAAGACCGUGAGAAACAAAUACAGUAUUGAUCUAGCAUUGGUGUACAAUUCUUUAGGAAAAGUGCAUGCAAAUCUAACACCACCAAAUCUUCAAAAAUCAAAAUACAAUCACUUGAAGGCAUUUCGUAUUGCAUACAAAAAGUCUGAAAACUUCAACAACAUUGAUAUUCCUCUGUAUAUUCACAAUAUCGGGAGAUGUUUUUACAGAGAAGGAAAUGAAAAUGAGACAAGAAGCAAAAAAGAUGAAGCCAAGCAAUGCUUCAGAGAUGCAGAGAAUUAUUACAAACAGGCUAUGAAACUGUUCAGACAUUUUAAAAUGGAAAAGUUUGACAGCUUUGCAGAAGUGCAGCGAUCCCUAGCUUUUGCAGAGAUGAAGUUGAGGGAGAUGGGAUUAGCUGAGGAUGACAUAGUAAAGGCUUAUGAGUUGAGAAAGUUGGUCAUGUCCCCUCCCCAUGAAGCCAUCACCACCACAGUGCAUGAUGUAGCCACAAUAAGGAUAGAAAGGGCCAUUUAUCUUUACUGGGAGUACUUUCAGAAAAAAAUAGGAGACAAAUAUGAGCCCAUUAACAAGUUAUAUGAGGCCAUUGCAGACUAUGAACAUGUGAUGCAUUUAACAAAACUUGGAGGUCUGCCCAUGGAUCAUCCAGAAUACCAACACAUAAAGAAUAACCAUAUCUGGGCUCUGACACAGGUCAAAGAAAACAAGAAAAUAGCCAAAGCUGUCCAGUUCUAUAAGGACUUUGAGAGUGGGAAGUUUGAAGCUACUCGAAAAAAGAGGAGGAGUAAGAAAGAAACAACAAAAUUUUUUCACACAUACGAUGAACUGCAAACCAUGCUCAGAGCAGGUGCUUUUGUGGGAGCUGAAGUUACUGAAGCUUCAUCUUCAGAUGAUGAUUUUUCUGAUGAUAGUGAUGAUGAUCCUUCACAGCAUCCCAAGCUGCCUUUACCAAAUAAAAGCGAUGAGAAGACCCCAACUUUUAACUUAAGAAAAACAAGACUGAACUUCAACUACGUGUUUCGAGAAUGUCCAAAGAAAGAACGAGAGCAGUACGGCGAUUUGAGUGGUGAUGACUAUUUUAUUGAGGAGGAUUUUGAAGAAGUUGAUUUUCUGGAUAGCUCAAAUUCUUGCGAACAACUUAUGAAACAAGCAAAGGAGAUGGAGAUGGAUGUUGAUUACAGUGAUGAUGAAGGAGAUGAAGGGCUAAUGAAAGUUCUAGAAAGAAGGACAAGUGACUGUUCAAUUUCUUCACAAAGCUCACUAGAAGAAGAGGAUUUUGAGGCAAGGAGGAAGAGAUAUGCCAGGAAAGGUUCAAGAGAAGGUUCUCUGCAGGACUUUCUGGAAAACAGACUCAGUGAAUCUAAGUCAGUCACAAAGGGAAGAUUAUCAUCCACUUCUUCAACUUCCAUAGAAAUUAGCAUGGAUGAGGAUUCAUCGAAUGUUGGGGAAAGAAAUCCAGAGCUGAUGAAAUUGAGGAAAAAAAUAGAUGAAUGUUUUGAAGCAAAAGAGAAACAAGAACUAGAUUCUUCCCAGCAAAAUGCAAAACUUAGGAGGACCAGGAUGCAGAGGCAACCAACGAUCAAUGAAGAACCAGGGGGUAAUUCUGAUACUCUCAUUAGUCCAUGGGACCUGAUUCGCCACGGACUUUCCCAGGAACUGGACACCGAUCAGAGCCUUUUACAAGAAGUAUGCCAACGUGCAGUCCAGGACCUGGGGCCAGCAUUUGCUGGAAUUCAGAACGCUGACGAUUUCUUCGCUGCUCUUGAAAACUAUCUGAGUAACGACGAAGGUUUAAUUCUUGACUAUUUGAUAGCUUUAGUAGAUAUUGUUAAUUUACAAAGACGUCAGGGGACUGAACCAUUCAAAGAUGUUUUACUGCAAUAUAAAAACCAGUUAACAAAAUACAGAGAAGAUUGUGCACGGGUCUCCAAAUCUAAGGUUGAGGAAUUCAUAGGCAGAGAAGCAGACCUUAAAAAUAUAGAGGAAAAUCUGAGAGGAAAAAAAUAUCAAGGAGUUGCAAUCUGUGGAAUGGGUGGGAUUGGGAAAACAAGUCUGGCUACAGAGGUCUGCUACAGACUGCAGCAUGCAAGAGAGAAAUGGCAUGUUAUGACCAUAGACAUGAGAGAGAAGGAAGAUUUGGUAGAGUUACUGCGUGAUCUGGUUACUGCAGUAGGGCAGGAAUGUAACAGUGCAGAAGUUCUAGACCUGUACUCAGAAUUAAUCACAGGACUGAGAGGAUUGAAAGCCAGGACAAUUUUCUUCAUGGAUAACCUGGAUGAUAUGAUGAAAAGCAGUCAAAGAAAGGAGCAGUUGCUGAAAUUUUUGGAAAAAUUCAGUCUGGAUACAAAAGUACUAGAUACCAAGGUUCGAAUAUUGCUAACUGUGCGACAAAAACUUGUUACUGAUGAUAAACUGAAGAUGCCAACAUUUAUUAGUAAGAUAUCCAGAAGUGCUGAAAGACUUGGUCAGUUGUUUGAAGUAGAACUAAAAAGACUGAAUCAACAGGAUGGUGUUUUACUGUUCAAAGCUUGUUGUAGAAGACCAUUUACAGCUCCCCCUGAAAACGAGGUCUGCCGGAAGAUUGUAGAUUUAUGUGGAGGAAGUCCAUUGGCCAUCAAAUCUGUUGGGGCAGCCAUCAGAAGUGGGAAGGUUAAUCCUGAAAUGUUGGCCAAAAAGCUGGAAAAGGAUUUUCCAGGUCUGAAAAUGGAAAGUAGAUGUCUCACUCAAACAUUUGAAACCUUAGAUAAACCAAAACAAGAUAUUAUGGUAAAGUUACAUGUGUUUGGGACAGCAAAGUUUGACUUGGCCUCUGUAGCUUUAGUGUUAGGUGAGGACACUUUGAAUUAUGAUAACGAAGGCCCAAUACAUGCAAAAACCAGAGCAAAUUUGAUAUAUCUGAAGAGCCGCCAUUUUGUAGAGGUUGAUGACUUGACCAAAAUGGAGAAUGAAGAUAUUCAAACUGAAUCAAAGAGUGUAAAAUUUUCUCUACAUCCAUUAGUCCAUGAAUUUCUCUCUCAAAUUGCAAAUGAUGAAAUGUUUAAACAAGCAGACAAUGAGGCAAAAUGUUUGUUCAUUGAGUACAUAGAGAAGAAAAACAGUGACAUUUUUGAGAAAUUUGAGAAAAACUGUGUGAAGGCAUGGAAAGAUUUAAAAGACUUCAAGGUUCAUUUGAAGACAUACUAUGACUUGAUCCAAAACAUAACCCCUGAUUUUCAUAAAUUAAGGAAGAGUUCAAGGUCAAUAUUGACUUGUAAAAGAAUAUCAGAAGUGGCAGAUCUAUUUCUUGAAGAUUACGUUAAGUUUAAGCUGCUUGAAAAAUUCAUUGAGCAGUCAAAGUCAAGGGGUGAUUUCUUGGAAACUGCGUUAUGGCAGGUACACCUGGGAAGAAAAUUUUUUGAAAGUGACAGAAAUGAAAUAGCUGAAAAUAUUCUCAACUGUAUUCUAACAGAAACAUUACCCAGAUGUUGUCUAGACAAUGGAAGUCUUGGUCCAUUUGUUGAAGUAGCAGGGGCUACUUUUUAUUUUGCUGGAAAGCUGUGCCUCAAAGACAGAAAAUAUUCAGAGGCACAAGUCUACUUCGAAAAUGCAAAGCAAUUUUGGGCUAACAAACUAGAGAAGACCGUGAGAAACAAAUACAGUAUUGAUCUAGCAUUGGUGUACAAUUCUUUAGGAAAAGUGCAUGCAAAUCUAACACCACCAAAUCUUCAAAAAUCGAAAUACAAUCACUUGAAGGCAUUUCGUAUUGCAUACAAAAAGUCAGAAAACUUCAACAACAUUGAUAUUCCUCUGUAUAUUCACAAUAUUGGGAGAUGUUUUUACAGAGAAGGAAAUGAAUAUGAGACAAGAAGCAAAAAAGAGCAAGCCAAACAAUGCUUCAGAGAUGCAGAGAAUUAUUACAAACAGGCUAUGAAACUGUUCAGACAUUUUAAAAUGGAAAAGUUUGACAGCUUUGCAGAAGUGCAGCGAUCCCUAGCUUUUGCAGAGAUGAAGUUGAGGGAGAUGGGAUUAGCUGAGGAUGACAUAGUAAAAGCUUACGAGUUGAGAGAGUUGGUUAUGUCCCCUUCCCAUGAAGCCUUAACCACCACAAAGCAUGAUGUAGCCACAAUAAGGAUAGAAAGGGCCAUUUAUCUUUACUGGGAGUACUUUCAGAAAAAAAUAGACAAAUAUGAGCCCAUUAAGAAGUUAUAUGAGGCCAUUACAGACUAUGAGCAUUUGAUGCAUUUAAUAAAACUUGGAGGUCUGCCUAUGGAUCAUCCAGAAUACCAACACAUAAAGAAUAACCAUAUCUGGGCUCUGACACAGGUCAAAGAAAACACGAAAAUAGCCAAAGCUGUCCAGUUCUAUAAGGUCAUAAUGUUGAUAAAGAUCCAAAUCAAAAGUUAA